AUGCCGUGCAACACCACAUAUCGUACGCUGCCUAGUCUCAUCAUCCCGUUAUCACUUCCCCUGAUUCCCCUGAAGGGUUUCGAUGAAUCCGCGACAGAUUUGAAUCGCAAUCUUCGCGAACCAUCUACAAGAAUGCUGAUUUUCAAAAUCAGCGCAACCGACGUCGAACGAGCAAGGCAGGCUGAAUCUCCUUCUUCAGCCUGA